GUUCAGUUCCGCUAGCAAAGUUUUCAAAACGUAGAUCGUUUAUGUUUCAUCUGGGGCCGAACCCUUGAGCGGAUGAGACUGAUCCCUUUCCCUGUAAUUACCAAAAGCCCACUGCUAAUCGGCGAAUCAAACAGUACUCACACUGCUUUGCUCGAAAACCUUCCAAAAGUUUAGGGUUUUUUUAGAGAGACAAAAUGCAGAGCGCGGGGACUGGGAUACGGCUGUUCAGAUCCUCCUGGAAAUUGGCAGAGAAGUGCAGGAAUUCGACACCUGCUUUAUCCAUCAUUGACCAUGGCGAAACUGUGAAAAAAAACCCUAAUAUUUUGGGAGCAUUUGGAAUGAGGAGUUUCUCUCAAGUGGCCUAUUCUCCUGCGACUUUCAUUGAUAACGAAGAGGUCACAAGAAGGGUUAUGGAAUUGCUUAAGUCGAAGCCCUUCAUAGACCCCUCAAAAGUAAGCCCGACUGCGAGUUUUGAGGACCUAGAGUUAGAUAUCCUGGACAGUGCUGAAUUGAUGAUGGCUGUCGAAGAAGAGUUUGCCGUUGACAUACCCAAUGAAGACUCUGACAAGAUGGCCACCACUGCUCAAGUUAUUGACUACAUUGCUGCUCACCCCCAAGCCAAAUAAAUGCAUGGUUGCUCUAUCUGACUCUCUACCUCAUGAGAGAAAUUUAUGGUCAUGAUGUCAUCACUACUGCCAAUUAACAGGCUAGACAGUGGUGGAUAGAGAGGGUUACUCAUGAGAACAUCGUAUGAAUUUCAUGGGUUGUCCCACUUUCUUGACAACACCAUCUAAUUAGUUGGUUGGAUGGGCGAUGAACCUGAGGACAAUUGAUUCACUAUGGUCAUGAGCAUUGUUUUGUACUUUCCUUUUCUGAAAAGGAAGAACAUGUGCACGGGACACUUGGGGCAUCCACCAUCCAUUCUUAUGAUGGAAGAUGGGGAUUGAGUGCACCUAGAUGCUCCUUCGUGGAGUUCCAUGUAACACUUUGUUAUGUUACACAUGUUUUUUAAAAGGGGCAUUUUAUCAAGACACUAUUUAACAUUUUA